GCGGUUUGCCAUACAAAAGCAUUCUUGGCAAAAUGGCUGCCAGUGAUACCGGCGUGUACAAGCUGAGAUGUUCUCUUAUCGGACAUUCUAUGGACGUGCGGGCGGUCGCCGCCGCCGUCUAUCCCGACGGCGCUGUUGUGACAGCCUCCAGAGACCAAACAGCGCGGUUGUGGGCUCCCAACAGUGAUGAUAAUGGCUUUAUGGAGGCACACGUCAUGACAGGACACAGUAAAUUCAUCUCCAGUGUUUGUCUCCUGCCGCCUUCUGACGACUAUCCCCACGGGAUGGUCGUAACCGGUAGCAACGAUCACAGCAUCCAUAUCUACAGUCUGGAGUCCCCGGAACCAGUCUUCAAACUUACCGGACACAAGAACACAGUUUGUUCUCUAGCAGCAGGAAAGUUUGGCACCCUCCUCAGCGGUUCGUGGGAUAAGACUGCGCGUGUGUGGCUGAAGGACAGGUGCAUGAUGACGCUGUCCGGACACGAGGCCGCGGUGUGGGCCGUCGCCAUCAUGCCGGAACACGGAAUCAUGCUGACAGGGUCCGCCGACAAAACCAUCAAGAUGUGGCGCACAGGGAAGUGUGAACUGACUUUCACAGGGCAUGAAGACUGUGUUAGGAGUCUUGCUGUGGUUUCCAAUGUGGAGUUCUUGUCAGCCAGCAAUGAUGGGUCGAUCCGACGCUGGCUAACCACAGGAGAAUGUUCACAGGUUUACUAUGGACACACCAACUAUGUGUACUCUCUGGCCAUGCUGCCCAAUGGUCAGGACUUUGUGACAUCAGGAGAGGACCGGACAGUCCGAGUGUGGAAGGGAGGGGAGUGUGUACAGACCAUCACCCUACAGGCUCAGUCUGUAUGGUCCGUGGCAUGUUUAAGUAAUGGGGACAUCGCUGUUGGAGCUAGUGACAAUGUGACCAGGGUGUUCACCUGUGCUCCGGAGAGGUAUGCAAGUCCAGAGGAGAUCAAGGAGUUUGAGGAACAGGUGGCAUCAUCCACCAUCCCCGCCAAGGCAGCGGCCGACAUGGAUGGCAUUAAUAUUAAUGAGCUGCCAGGCAAGGAGGACUUGGAGAACCCAGGAACAAAAGAAGGGCAGACCAAGUUAGUGAGGUCUGGCAUGACUGUAGAGGCUUACCAGUGGAGCGUGGCACAGCAGGAGUGGACCAAGAUAGGAGACGUGGUGGGGUCAGACGAGGGCACAGGGGGCACCGGAGAAAAAGUCUGGUACGAGGGGAAGGAGUACGACCAUGUGUUCACAGUGGACCUUGGUGAUGGCAGUCCCAAGCUGAAGCUGCCCUACAACCUGUCGGACGACCCCUGGCUGGCAGCUCACACCUUCCUGGAGAAGAAUGAGCUGAGUCAGCUGUACCUGGACCAGGUGGCCAAGUUCAUCUUGGAGAACACCAAGGGGCUGACGGUUGGGCCUGCCCCCUCCGCACAACAGUAUGCUGAUCCUUUCACUGGUGCAAACCGCUAUGUCCCAGGGUCUGCUGCUCCAGCUGAUGUACCACAGCAAGGUCAGGGGUCAACCCUGGGCAGUGACCCCUUCACAGGAGGGGGUCGUUACAUCCCAUCCUACGCUGCCAGAGACAUGGAGAACAACCCCCCAGCCCAUGUGCCUCAGCCCACCAACCCCUACUUCCCCAGGGUCACUCCACUACUGUUUGAGCAGGCCAACCCUGGGGCUAUCGUAGGUAAGAUCAAGGAGUUCAACAGUAAAGUGCCAGCAGAACUGCAACUGGAUGAAUCUGGUUUGGACCAGAUCAGUCAGCUUCUGGCUGUGGCAACCAAUCAGCAGCCAGGAGCACCAACUGCCAUGCAGAUGAACACACUGUGGAAGAUUGUCCAGUGGCCUAAAGAUGUCGUGUUCCCAGCACUAGAUGUACUUCGGCUGGCCCUCCGCCACUCCGACAUCAACCAGCACUUCUGUAACUCCAAGGAUGGUCCACAAUUCCUCACCCACCUCCGAACCUUCCUGUCACCUGACUCCUCACCAGCCAAUCAGAUGCUAGCCCUGCGUGCUGUGUGCAACAUGUUCGCCCAGCCCGUGGGGAAAGGUCUGGCCAUAUCCCAGCACUCCGACAUCCUGGCCACCACGUUAGAUUGUAGCGCCAGCACCCAUAAGAACGUCCGUAUUGCCAUGGCGACAAUCAUUCUGAACUAUGCGGCUGUCAUCCAAGAUCCAGAGGACAUCGAAGGGAAGUCCCAGUGUCUGUCUGCUGUAGCGGCGCUCCUGGAUACAGAGAGGGAAAACGAGGCAUGUUUCCGUCUCCUGGUCGCGCUGGGGUCCCUAAUGGUCGGUGAUGACAACGCCAUCGCGCUCGCUCGCUCCUUGGACUUAUUACCUGUAGUCGCCAGGAAAAGGGGAAUCACAGAGGCACCAAAAGUGGCAGAGUGUGCUAGACUUGUACACCAACUAUUGGAUGCAUAAGGUUUAUUGUACUAGACUGAGUGCCAGCCUGCGUGGUGACCGCUUUUCUGUGGUUAGCAAGCAAAAGGAGCCAGUGGUCACUACGGGGGCUGGCAUUCAGGCUAUUAUUGUACAUUGCGAAGAAGAAAAAUUUCGAAUGCAGAAUGUUAGGAUGAUUUUCAAAUUUUAUGUGCCUAGUU